AUGGAAACAGACCUGAAAUGCAACCGGUUGACUUGUCGUAAACUGCUCACGGACAAAGCCGUCGUGAAACAAGGCUCUCACAUCUUCUGCGUGGAUUGUGCAAACGAGUUGUUCAACGCGGCGCGUCUAUGUCCAGCAUGCGAAGCGAGCCUGACUGAACCGGACGACGUCGUGGUCUGCUCACUCCAUCCAUCGAAUGAUUACAAAACGUCUGUCCUAUCGGGUCUAACGCCAUCGAUCAUUCUCGAGAUUUGUUCCCGUGCGAUAUCGUUCUGGCAAUACCAGAUAUAUCAAGAAAGCUCCUUCCAACAAGCGGUUGUACGAAAUCUCACCGACAAGAACACUCAAAUUCAAAAGCAACUUGACAGCGUCAUCAGAGAAGCCAACAGUGAGAUAUCGUUAUUGAAUAAUAAGAUUGCUGAACUAGAGCGUGAUGUGGAAUUGGAACGACGAAAGGUGCGAGAGCUGCAAGAAGCGUCGAGGGAUCGGGAUCGGGAAUACCAGAAGCUAAAGGUUCGUUAUCUGGGGGGGUGUUUUCUCGCCAGGCGCUCAUGGCUGUCAGGCGCAACACGAGAAAAUGAAACGCAAAGUUCUUUUGGCCCCAAAUCUGACUGUGCAGCAGCCAUCCGGUAA